AUUACGAGUCUGAGGAAAAUGCUCAAAUUGUUUACUCAGCAUUGGCUGUUGACAAGGAGUUGCAGCCGGACAAAGUGAAAAGGCAGAUGAUUGUAUCUAAUGGAAAGCUUUCUGUGCAUUUUGAAGCAGUUGAAACAAGAUUUCUUCGUGCAUUAUUUAGUGUUUUCGUGGAUGUUCUUAUGCUCGCCACAAAAACAAUUGAAGAAUUUGGUCAAGGAAUGGAAUUAUGA